AUUUACUAGAAAGGUCUUGUGAGUUUGGAUCCUGUGUGCCCACAAGUCACUGAAGAGAGUAUCCGGAAUUGUGUUCCUUCCAAGUGAUAUUGGUCUUGAAUUGCAGCAAAAACUUUCACUUCAGAGUAAGACAUUAAAGGCUGGGCUAAUGGAUCUCACAGAAAGCUCAGAGAGUUUAUCCAACUACACAAACCUUACUGAAGUGGACAGCAGGUGUAUAAGAGACAAUGCUGUACACCGGGUGGUAUUCCCAGUGCUCUACACAAUUCUCUUCAUUGUGGGGAUUUCACUAAACAGCCUGGCUGCCUGGGUGUUCUUUCAAAUCCCCAGCAAGUCCAACUUCAUCAUCUAUCUGAAGAACAUUGUGGUCGCCGACCUUCUCAUGACCCUGACCUUUCCCUUUAAGAUCCUCCGUGAUUCCAAGCUGGGGCCUGAAUACCUUAAAAUAAUCGUCUGCCAGGUGACCUCUGUGGUUUUUUACUUCACCAUGUACAUCAGCAUCAUACUCUUCGGGUUAAUAAGCAUCGACCGCUAUCAGAAAACAGUGAGCCCGUUUAAAAAUGCCAAAACAUUGAGUUUACAAUGUGUGAAAGUCCUGUCAGCAGCCAUCUGGGCCUUUAUGUUUUUCCUUUCCCUACCAAAUAUGAUUCUGAUAAAACAGGAGCACGUUUCUGAACAUUUCAAAUGUGCUUCCUUGAAAACAGAGUUUGGGUUAAAGUGGCACGAAGUCGUGAACUAUAUUUGUCAGAUUAUUUUCUGGGGUAAUUUAGCUGUAGUUACUUUUUGCUAUGUUUUAAUCACUAAAGAACUGUAUAACUCAUACACCAGAACCAAAAGCACUAACAAAAAGGGUAGGAAAACUGUCAAAAUGAAUGUAUUUCUAGUUUUAGCAGUCUUUUUUAUUUGCUUUGUGCCAUACCAUUUUUCACGUAUCCCCUACACCAUGAGCCAGACGAGAGACAUGUUUCAGUGCUCACUCAAGAUCGCCUUGUUUCAAAUGAAGGAAAGCACACUAUGGCUGUCCUCUCUCAACUCAUGCCUUGAUCCCCUGAUCUACUUUUUUCUCUGCAAUUCAUUCAGAAAGUCCCUUUUUAAAACACUGAAUCUAACUUUCUUCAGGCGCUUUUCAACCAGAAAGAAAGCACAGAAACGCUCCACUGAAGAGACUCCUCUUGAACCUACUUCUAUCUAGAAUUGUGACUAGUCGAUACACCCAAUUCUGUGUACAGAACUGACAAUGCAAUGCUCUUCCUUUAAUACCAGGUUUUUUGUGUUUUUAAGUUAUUUUAAAUACAUUUUAAAAAAGGCACAAAAGGAAAAUAAAAGAAUGGCAAACAUAUUUUACUUAUUAUACUGGCAUUCAGUAUUACAUGUUAAGGUGUAAUUUUGAGAAAUGGAACAGACUGAGCAGUCCUGGAUGAUCUGAUCUGGUGAAUCCAGUACACCCCCCUGCCCUGGAGCAUGUUUUGCUUGUUCAAUCAAACAGUCCGAUCUGCUCGAUGAGCCGCUCCAAAUAUUCAAACAUGCAGGUACUGCAGAGUCUCCACAUUCUAAUACUAGAAACAAACGACAAACUCUACUUGCAUUACUGGCAAAAUACAGCAGACGCAGCCUUGAAUUACGAUAGUCUGUACUGUGUAAGGGAAAGGUUUAUAUUUAACCCAUAAUAUUAUAGUUUAUUGCAUACAACAUUUUUAAUAGUAGCCUAUGUAUAAUUUAUAUGUAUAGCUACUUCUGAAUAACAAUGGCUACUUGGUUUGAUUAUGACCAUAAAUCCCAAACAAAUCUUAAACCGUAGUAUAAAACACGUCACAUCCCAAAAUCACUGUCAGCCAGAAAUCAAGCAAUAUGAUUUCGCGAAAAAGGCUAAAACCUGUUCCUGUUCCAUUGCGAGCAAGCGGAUCGCGUCCCAGUCUGUUCUACUCCAAAAUUCCACCUUUAGUAUAACUUUUUUUUUUUUUAUAUAGUGCUAGAUGUUUUACUUUUGCAUGGACUUUUAUCUCAGAUUUCCCAAAAUCACUGCAUUAUAAGGGGGCUAGCAUGUCUUUCACUUCUGGAGUCCUGGGUUAAAAUUUCACAAGCGAAAUUACUUUGCUGGUAUCAGAUGAGUCUGUGGAACAAUCCGGCACAAUUAUCAGUCUGUGCUAGAGAGAGGUGCAGGACUGCAUUGCAGGCUGCUCAUGGAGCGUGCCUGACCUAAUAUGUCAUGCAAUCCAGAUAGAUUUAUUACAGGAGAGAGAGCAGCUUCAAAAUCCAUAACCCACACACACAUUACAUACAUACAUACAUACAUACUUUUCAACCACUCUAAUUGCUGCAGCAUUGUAUUAUUUCCAAUAAAUAGAGCAAAGGUUUGGUAAAUGCAUAUUCAUUUGACAGCAACUUAGAGCAGCCACAAUUACUAUCAUAGCCCUACAUCCCAAAAGCAGUCUUUUGCAAUAAUUUAUUGUCUUAAUGUGAAGAAAUACUAUAAUUAAUAAUAACAGAGGGCUGUGUGGAAGUCUGUAGGAUGCAUUAACACCCUGCUUUUGUUAAAACACCUGUAGAUAUUACACAUGAAUAAAAUUUAAAGAGGGUGAGAGAACUGACCUGGGGGUAUGUAUGAGGAUAUAAUUAUGGGUAAACUAAAUGAAAAAUUAUCUGGAAUCCAUUCCUGAAGUGCUCUGAGCUCAGACUGUUUGCAAAGGCUCUAGUGGGGUAAUAUUAUGGAACUGUUAAUGCGUGCAGAACAGAUUUAAUUGACAUAAUAAAUAUUGUUCCAGAUGAAUGUGCUGCCCACUGAAUAGAACGACUCAUAAAAAAGUUUAAUGUCCUUAAAACUGCUUCUAGAUUAACACAAUGGGGAGUACAUUAGACUGGCACUGUACAUAGCUGCAAAGCUGUUUAGUUUGGGCUGUCGGAAUUGUUUUUUGCUAUACACUAGCUUUUUGUUUUCCCUUUCUUGUUUUAAUGUUUCUUUAUGUAUUUAAAUAAUGCGCUGAAGAAAAAGAUUUUUCAGAAUAUACUGCUAGUAACAACUUCUAAAAAAAUAUUGAUUGACAAAGGACACAAGUUUUUCAAUGUGCUUGUUAAGGUCUAAUAAGCAGGUAGAACUGUAUUAACUUGAGUCAUUAACUUGCAUUGUGUCAUACUCGACUGGGGUCAUACUCGACUGUCUAUAUUUGUAGUUGACAUAUUAUCCACGUUAGGGAGGAGGAGAAUUGCACAACACCAUUUAUCAUGCACAAAGCAAGUUACCAGAGACAAAGAAAAACUAUAUUGUGCAAUCAGUGAAAGCAGACUGAGAGCAAGACAAGAAAAUGGUUCUGUUUAUCCACAGUGCUUCAUAGAAACACAGAACAACCCACAUCGCUUCCAGAGCUAGAAACUGGCAUGAGUUCAGAGUUUCAUGAAAACGCAUGCAAAACACAAACGUAGAAUAACUCAUCACAUGCUAUACUAAACAGCAAAGGACUUAUUUGUUUGUUAAGCAGUGCAAACUAUCUUUACUCUCUCUUCCUGUUCAGCUAUUCUGAAAACUGGUCUCUCUCACACAAAUAGGAGAAAAAAGACAUGUGAUUUCUAAUUCAGAUCUCCAAUACCAAAUCCAUGUGACAUGUGUACAAAUUAACCUUUUCCAAAAUGCCGUACAGUUUUAAGAUAACCUGUAGCAUUUGUGUAGAAAAGACUCAUUUUCACUGUAGUAAAACCAGCUUUUUUGUACCUUGGCCAAUACAGUAUUUGUAUCCCAUAUCAGCGUUGUUAUUACUUUAGAUAACAACUUGCAUAACUAGCUGGAUUAAUAAAGAUAUGAAAAAGAAUUAC